AUGGUUGUCGCUUGCCCUUCCGGGCUAUUGAAGAAGUUCUCUUUAACGGGUGUCAGGUCUCGCUUCCAUCUUCUAACUGGAGUAUCUGGCUUGCUGUUCGUCCUCGUCGCUGGGGUUUACCUUUUCCCCCGAUACCACGGGCCAGGUUGGGAUUUAGAUCAUACUUUUCUCCCUGCUCACCCGAUCGACCACCUAAUUGCCGCAGCGAACAAGCAAUGGCGGACUCUACUGACUCAAGAAACCCACACUCUCCAGAAUGCGACUGCGAAGUAUCGCCAGCGACGCGGACGCCACCCACCACCUGGCUUCGAGGAGUGGUACCGCUUUGCGAAGGAAAAGGAUGCCGUGAUGAUCGAAGACCUCUUCGAUCAGAUUUAUCAUGAUCUCAGUCCGUACUGGGGGAUCGAGCCGAAGGAGCUCCGCCGGCAGGCCAGUGGAUUUAGCCCGCGCAUUGCGGUACGGAAUCGCACGGCCAUCCCGAUUGGACACAUAGGCGUAGGGUGGAUGGAAGCAUGGGUCGAUCUCAUGGCGACCAUAGAAAAGCAUCUUCCGGACCUUGAUAUGCCGUUGAAUGGGAUGGACGAACCGCGAGUCAUAGUCCCAUGGGAGGACAUCGCACAAUACGUAGCAAAGGACCAGCAGGCAGCCCAGCAGCUCCUCGACCCCAAGGAUGUCGCGCGCGAGUACAUGGCGCUUUCGGACCUCCGCGAAGAUGACCCAAACGCUUAUGAUCCCGGAUUCACAAACGGAGGCGGGAUGCCAUAUUGGUACCUUGCGCGGAUGGCAUGUCCCCCCGAGAGCCCCUCGCGCCUGAGCGACAUUCGCCAGAUCGAUUUCGCGGCCCCCCCGCCGGAGUUCUACAAUUACCAGCGUCUGUCCCAGCAUGGCUAUCUCAAAAACUGGACGCUCUCAAAGGACCCCUGUUCGCGGCCCGAGCUCCAGUUCCUGCACGGCUCCUUUAUCGAGCCCAUCACCGUGUCGACAACGGCCCAGCUUUUCCCGAUCUUCGGGGGCUCGAAGCUCCCGGUCAACAACGACAUCUUAAUCCCCCCGGCAAUGUACUGGGCCGACAAUGAGCUGUACUCCGGCGGAAACGACAACCACGGCGGCCGCUGGUCCGCGAAGAAGGAUCUCGUCUUCUGGCGCGGCGUCGCAUCGGGAGGGCGCCAUAGAGAGCACACCUGGGCCCAGUUCCAGCGACAUCGCUUCCUCUCCAUGCUGAACGCGACCUCCGUGGCAAUUGCCGAGGACACCACCAACCAAGCCUACCUUGAUUUCCGCCUCCCCGACCAGGCAGAGUACGAUUUGGCGUGCCGACGCGGCGCCGCAGGCCAUGAUGGCCUGCCCGCCCUGCUCCACCAGCACACGGACCUCGGCUUCAUCGGCCUGCAGUGUUUCCCUGAUCCGGGCGACGCCCAUUGCCCCUACACCGAUCCCUACUUCGAGCUGGUCCCGCCCGUGCCCAUGAAGCUCCAGUACGACUCCAAGUACCUUCCCGACCUCGACGGCAACUCGUUCAGCGGCCGCUACCGCGCGUUUCUCCUGUCCACCUCGCUUCCCAUCAAGGGGACAAUCUACAAUGAAUGGCACGACUCGCGCUUGAUUGCCUGGGCGCAUUUUAUCCCCAUGGAUACAACCUACAUGGAUAUCUAUGGCAUUCUGGAGUAUUUCCUCGGAUACGGAGACUAUCCCGGACACGAUUCCAUGGCGCAGAAGGUCGCCCUGAACGGGAAAGCCUGGGCGGAAAGGGUCCUCAGGAAGGAAGACAUGCAGAUUUACAUCUACCGGUUGCUUUUGGAAUAUGCACGCAUUUGCGAUGACCGGCGGGAAGUCCUUGCGUAUGUGGAUGAUAUAUGA